AUGUUUAAGUUAAUAAUUGUUGCACUUUUGGUAAGUGUAUGUUUGGCGACCACACCUCUCCAGCAGCCCAUACCCCAACCGCAAGAGGGUCGACAGUUCAGGGAUGAGAUCCGCAACAGUGAUGGCUUAGUGUACGGCAAAUACGGCUAUCAGGACCCGUCAGGUGGUCUGCGUAUUGUCAAAUACACGGCCGGCAAAGAUGGUCUAACCUCACAGGUAGACAAUAAUGUGCCGAUAGUUGGACCUCAACCAGUGGUUUGGAAUCCCAAUGAACCCAUAUAUGUAGAGCCGGCACCACUGACCUAUACACCCAUCAGAAACGAACCGUUUCUCACGGAAAGAGAUCAACAAAGAUAUCUCAAUAUUGACGACGCCUUAGUCGAGGCCAGAGAGGAAGUCAAUGAAGACGUGAAGCCAGUAGUAAAUGAUGCGAAAGUAGAGGUCGAGCCUAAGGAUGACUCCGAUAGCAAAUUAGUGGAUAACCAGAAACAAGUGGUCAAUGAACCGACUGUUUUGUUCAGCUCUGCGGCACUCAAAGGUGUUCAGGACGACGCACAAGACGUGUUCCCGCAAGUGGUCAGUGGUCAGCGACGUCUGGUUGAACCACAAUUGGUUGCACAACAGUACGCCAUCAAAGGUCGACCAUUGCUCAGAUCUGUUGUCGGCUAUGGACAACAAGUGGUGCCCAAACAACACUCUGUCUACCAUACAGUACAACAACAGCAACAACAACAGGGAUUACCCAUUCAUAUUGAAGAACAGCGAGUGUCCCCUCUCGGUGUUAGAAAGCCAACCAUCCAAUACCAGAUCAGACCAGUUCAACAGCAGGUAAUCCAAAGACAACCAGUAUUUCAACAACAACAACAAACACAACAGCGACUUCAACCAGCCCUUCCCCGCGAAUGGAUCCGCAAACCAGUACAACAACAACAACAAGUUCAGACUCCUCUAAGUGGCGUAAAGGGUAUCAAAAACUACCAGUACUUUAUUCAGCCCUUCUAUCCGUCAAAUAUCGAUUACAAUCAACAGUCCGUCCUAUCAGGUGUUGACCAACAGGUUGUCCAGAGACAACCAGUUGUGGAUCAGCAACAGUUUGUACAACAGAUUCCUCAAGUGUUUUCACUGACUGAACAACAACAACAACAGCCUUUCAUUAUCAAUCAACGACAUGAUGCAGCCGUCGAUAACAAACUGAUAGACCAUUCUGGACAUGUGGGUCACGACCAACACAUCCAACAACACCAUCACCAGCAACAACAACAAACAGUACAUGAAUUACCCAAAUCGGAUGUCAUCACACAGAAACACGUUCGCCAAUCGGUUGUACCACAACUACACGACAUUAAGGUUGUCAUUCAACAACAACAACAACCUCAACAAGUGGGCACUACUGGUGGUCAGCAAAUAGUCACCUAUCAGAUCCCUCAGCAGCAGCAACAACAACAACAACAAUACUAUAUUAGCCAACAACAACCCACACAAUAUAGCCCACAGCAACAGUCGAUCCCAGUCUCUAAUAUUCAACAGUACUAUCAAGUGGUCUCGGGUUCCUCUGUUCCCCAAUACUUAUCAAUUGUUGGUCAAAAUCCUUCAAUUAAUGGCCAAAAUCCGACAAUUGUUAGCCAACCGUUUCAGUACUCAGUCGACGCUCCUGUUCAACAAAGCACACCACAACAAGUUGGCCAACAAGUACCGUCGGUGACAUCACUCACUGCUGACCAGGAGGUGCACGUUCAGGGAGGUCUACAAGGAGUACAAAACAUAAGAGUGCCGGAAGAUUUGUCGGUUUUCAUAAAUCGCGGACAACCACAACAAGAUAUCCGUAUUAACCCGCUAUCAGUUGACCAGAAAGUACAACAACAACAGAGACCGAGUCUAUUGAUCAACAAUUCGGGUGUUAAAAGUGUAAUCAAUGUUUGA